AUGUGUGAAGGCGGACGGGGCCUCGGGUUUUUAGAGGCAGAGGAGCGUUUUGCGAGAAAGAAGCGAGCGAGCUUACGGGUCCCUGGUGUGUCUCGGGAGAUCCUCGCCUUUCUGGAGGCUUCUUCGAGAGCUGCGUGCCCGGUCGCUUGCCUCCCGCUGCGAGAGUGUCUCGCGUUCAACUUUUCGGCCAAGUGGCGCGCGGCUUCCGCGGAGCUCGGCACGGAAGUUUUCGACGCACAAACCGCCGUAUUUCCGCUCAAAAAUCUGAAAGGCUUCUUCGAAGACGUAAAGAUGGGGUCGAGUCGCCACCGCCACCGGAGGCGAAAAUGCGACGCAGCCGGUCCAGACAGUCACCCAGAGCCAAGACCUGCCGAGACGAAAAGCAUGGCGGGAGACGAAGAGGACUCCGACUCUCCAGGUUCAAAUCCAGGCACUGGACUGCCUCUUGCGAAAGAGAAUGGCCUCGGCCUGGUGCCUGCUGUGACCUCGCCAUCCGAGCGGGGCUCGCCAGCGCUCGGGGCUGAGACGGGACACACAGAGCAGAAAAACGAGCAGAAAGAGGAACAGAGAGAAGAGAGAGGAAAGGAACCAGAGGCGCAGAGAGGAGAACAGAGGGAAGAGAGAGGAGCGAAGGGUGGAGAAGAAGCGAAGGAAGACAGACGAAACGGCGUGAAUGGCGACAAAAGGGGUGAGACGGCGAAAGUGGAUCCGAGGACCCGAGACGAGCGGCGAACCGUCGGGGCGACUCCGAGGGCAGUUCCGCGGUUUCCUCGAGAGACAGUGGAGGCGCGAGCCGCUGAGACGGGAAAGCGGGAGGACGAAGGAGAGCAGGAAGGAGAACAGGAAGGAGAGCAGGAAGGAGGCGAAGAGGCGAGGCCGAGAGCCGAGCGUCGCAGGUUUCAUGAGCCGGCGGACGACAUGGAAAGCGCGAGGCAGAAGGCGUCUCCGACUGAAGAGAACGGCACGCACGGCCGAGGCGGAGGAGCGGGCGACCCAGGGGACAGGGUCUCCGGCGAGAGAACGUUAAAAAAGGAACAAACCGAGGAGAAACCACCCCGGAGUGCAGGCGGGGAGAGUCACGAGGGCUCGGAAGGUCGCACCUCCGGAGAGGACGAAACCCGGCAGCGCGUGUCUAGCGGUCCAGGCGACGACGUUUUUUUCGCAGGAACGGCCAGAGGAGACAGCGAUCGCGCGCACUCCGCAGCCACUUCCCUUUCGUCCAUUUCGAUCUUUGGAGGGAAACGCACGCCGCCGGAAAGUCGCCCAGCUACCCACCUCGGAGCCGCUUUCCGCGAGGCUGGCGCCUCGUGGGAGAGCACGUCCUCCGACUCGGAUGUGCCUUCCGGCGAUCGGACCGCGGGCUCGGUGUCUUCCGGGCCUUUUUCCUCGCGGAAUGCGCUUUCCCGCGCAGCGUCUCAAGAGGCACACUUCGGCGCACUCGCCUCGUGCGAGGCAUGGCCCAACCGACGAAGGGCCGCGAGAGACACAGACUCGGUGGAGAGACAUCUCUAUCGAGGCGCUCGUGGAGGCCGUCGGAUCCCCGACGCGUGGGACCUCCCGGCGCCAGGCCUCGGCUCGCCGCGUGCCCAGGCUCUGUGCAGGCCGCAGACAGACGCAGCCCCAGCAGGUGCUGCCUUGGCGAGACACGCCGAGAGCGGCGGAGAGACGACUGGGGACGGAGACGUCUGGACGCCGACGCCCUUGGAACGCCUCCAUACUUGCUUGCAGACCGUGCGAGAGCAAGGCCUCCCCUUUCGCGUCCUGACGCAACAAACCGACGAGCAAAAGGUCCGGCUUCUCCUCUUCGCCGCUCUCCUCCCCUCCCUCAUGGUCAUGGCAAUCCCAGUAUCCGCCGCCAUGUGUCUCAUCGCCAUUGCAGCCAUUCCGCUCUGCGCGGUGUUGCCUGUGACGCCGGUGAUUGCCAUGCUCUUUCUCCGGAGAGGAAGCGGACCGGAUCCCCGCGAGGAGGAACAUGCAGACCGGAGUUCUCCUACAAAUCUGUUGCGUCGGGACGAGACGUUUCUUCGUUGCUUUCUCUUCUCGCUUCUUCUCCUUCCUCUUCUUCUGCUUCCCGGUGCCAUCUUUCUCUCCAUCUCUGCGUCGCUCCUCGUUCUCGCCAGUCCGUUCUUCGGCAUCAUCGUGCCCGUUCUCUUCCUCCUCGCAAUCGCGUUUCUUGUGCCUCAGCGCUGCAAAGAAUUUAUCACCCGGCGCCUGUUUGCGCGGCGGUCCCAGCCGUUGCUCGCGUCUACGCGAACUGACGACAUGCCCUCGACAGGAAAAAACCCAACAGCGAGGUCUUAG